CACCAGAUAGAAAAUGUUGACCAUGUCUUAAUACAAUGUAGGAAAUAUAAUAGAGAAAGAGAAAUACUGGAAAAUAAGUUAGCAAAAGAAAAUAUUAGGUUAGAAGUGGGAGAUAUAUUAGGAUUGCAUUCAGAACACAUAGGAUAUAAAGCAAUAUACACAUAUUUAAAAAACACUGGGUUAAGUAAAAGAAUAUAGAGUAGGGAUCCACCUCGGUCCACACUCCAUUACAGUAGGUGGCGGUAAUGCACACCAGAAGGUUGCUUGCCAACCGCCAUAAAAACAAAAGAAGAAGAAGAAGAAGAAGAAGAAGACAGCUGUGUGAAAGUUCAGCACUCACUUAAACGUCGACGUGAACAUGCCAUGCAGGCGACCUGCGUGUACGCCACUUGACACGCAGCCCGAGCACGAAGCCAUCCUUUCGGCGUUACGAUUCUUGUCCGCCGUUAGCGUAGCUCACACUUUUGAAUGAUGCGCGUUUGCUAGCGGGCUACCACGACGCCGCUCUCCGCUUUGUUUACGAGCCACAAAUCACUCGGUAAGGUCUCGAAGGAGCGACCCCGCAGCAGGAUGGAGGCGCUGCUCGACUUUGAGAAGUGUGUCAACGACGCACCUGAGUUCAGACUGAACCUGGAACUGUUUGAGGCUGAUGUUGCUCUCCUGGAGACACAGCUGGAAAAGGUGAUGAGACUAUGCGGCAAGAUGGUGGAGUCGGGACAAGCGUACGGCGCAGCCAAUCAGCUUUUCCUGGGCAGCUUGGCCGAGCUCUUUGUGCACCACAAGGAUGACGGCGGCGUCACGAACUGUCUUAGCCAGUUCAAGCAAGGUCUACAGGAGGCGCUCACCUUCCACUCGAUGUUGUUGGACCAGACCCAGAGAGCCAUCACCCAGCAGCUCACCAACCUGUGCAAGCAGUUCCUGCCGCAGCUGGCCGACACGAAGAGAGAGUUUGUGCGCAUCGGGGAGGACCUGGAGACUGCGGUGCUGAAAAACGCUCAGGUGUCUCGCCACAAGGCCGCCGACGCAGAGCGGGCAAGCCACCUGCUGCUCGCCACCCGCAAAUGCUACCAGCAUUUUGCCCUGGACUACUGUCUACAGCUCAACAACUUCAAAACUCAGCAGAGGAUUGAAGUCCUGAAUUCGGUAUUCUCCUUCGUCAACGCUCAGUUCACGUUCUUCCAUCAAGGCUUCGACCUUCUCAGAGACCUGGAGCCCACUAUGAGGAUCAUGGCGGCGCAGCUGUCUCAACGCUCGGCAGACUGUGCGAGCAGAAGAAAAGAUCUGGAGAACUGUCACCUGCUGGUCCAACAGAGAGAUGCUUCAGGAGAGACGCUAGUCAGCCCAUGUCCUGGCAGCGAUGUCAUCAUCCAAGGUUACCUUUUCAAGCGCUCUCGACGGAAGGCCAAAACCUGGAAGAGAUGCUGGUUCUUCAUCAGAGACAACCAACUUCUUUACAGGAAGUCCCACAAGGAGGCGUCCAUGGUCCUGUUCGAGGACCUGAGACUCUGUGCCGUCAAGUCUUUGGACCACUUGGAGCGCCGCUUCUGCUUCGAGCUGCUCUCAGUGCAGAGGUGUUGCCUUCUGCAGGCCGACUCGGAGCACGUCAAGUUGGCGUGGCUGUCCGCCUUGCAGGGCAGCAUCGACAUGGCGUAUCGAGAGCGAGGCGACGCCCAACCCACUCAGGCACGCCACUCACCAAUAAUUGACAUCUUUGUCGGCGACGCUGUGUCAUUGAAGUCCUGUGUCCUCCAGUCUAAGGAGCCCCUCCCUCCAAGUGAAGGCGACAACUCAUUGGCCAAUCAGAGAACGCCGGCGCUGGUUGUGGCCUUGCAGGGUGCUGGGAACCAUCGGUGCUGUGACUGCGGCCAGCAGGAACCACAGUGGGCGUCGGUCAACUUGGGCGUGACCAUGUGCAUCGAGUGCUCCGGGAUCCACCGGAGUCUGGGCGUCCAUCUGUCCAAGGUGCGCUCCCUCACGCUGGACUCGUGGGAGGCGGAGCAAUUGAAGCUGCUGUGUAUUUUCGGAAACGACGUGGUCAACGAGAUCUACGAGGCGCGGUGCUCAGAGAGAGGAAGAGUAAAGCCCACCAAGGACAGCUCUCGCGCUGAGAAAGAGGCGUGGAUUCAAGACAAGUACGUGGAAAAGACGUUUGUGCAGCGAGAGAGCGGCCCAGAGCGCACACAGCGUGACAUAGACGAGGCCGGGCUGCGUCUCUAUCGGGCUGCCGUGGCUGGGGACCUGGUCGCCAUGGCAACGGCUUUGGCACAGGGGGCAGAGGUCAACGGGUGUGUCGCUGAGGAGGGACGCGCGGCCCUGACAGGAGCGGCCGUUGGGGGGUCGCUGCUGGCCUGUGAGUUUCUGCUGCAGAACGGAGCCAACAUCAACCACAGAGACCUGAGAGGACGCGGUGCGCUGCACGCCGCUGCCACCGCCGGACACACGGGGCAGGUGUGUCUCCUGUUGAAGAGAGGGGCCAAUCAGUACGCUGUGGACGAGCACGGACAGGACCCGCUGGCCAUCGCCGUGGAAACGGCACACGCAGACAUCGUCACGUUGCUGCGCAUGGCAAGGAUGAACGAGGAGAUGAGAGAUUCCGAAGGAGUGUUUGGAGCAGCAGGAGACGACCAGACCUUUCAGGACAUUUUCAGAGACUUCAGCGAUAUGGCGUCACAUGACCCUGAGAAACUGGCCAGACGCAGGUUUAGUCGCGGCGGAGAUGACCACAUUCCGUGAUUGGAUUCCUCACUAGCUGGUCGGUACCACUUCUCACCGAGUCUUAACAUGACUGAAGCGUGGAACUUACAGUUUGUCUUAAAUAGAAUAUGCAGUCACUGGAAACAAUGCUAACUGUGCUCCUUCAGAAUCUAAAGGGGACCUAUCAUGAUUUUUAUUUUAAAACACUUCCUUGCAGUCUAGAAAAUACAUAUUGGAUAUGCUUUGGUGUAAAUUUUGCUCCGUCACUUUUACAAGCCGUUUUUGAGUCCAUCUAAAACAGUGAUCCCCAACCUAUUUUCCACCACGGACCGGUUUCAGGUAUGCAUUACUUUCACGGACCGGCUUUCAACGUGUGGCAGAUAAAAACAGCAAAAAAAAAAAUUGCAUGAAAAAACAACUCACCAUAACGCUGAAGUAAUGGGAGCGUCUUUCUUUGCAAAGAGAUGAUCCUCGGCACGUUGAUGGCAUAUACUAUAUACCAGUGUUUCUUAACCAUAGGGCCAGCGCCCAGUGUUGGGCCACGAGCACCCCCUCGAAUUUAACAUCUGUUUUUCGUAUAGGCCACCGCGAUACUCCGUUGUAAUUAGGGAUGGACUUCUUCACCCCAGAAGCCGAUUCGAUACGCAUCUCGAUACAUGAUCACCGAUACGAUACAGUAACAAUACAAUGAAGCCUCUUGCCAGUACAAUGCGAUGCGAUUUACUCCUACUCUCGAUACGAUGCGAUUCAAAAUGAUUUAAUAACGAUACAACAUCGACCUUACAAAGGGGUUCAGUUCGAUUAGUUGUUUUAUUAUGCAGUACCAUUUGAUUCAUAAAUGUUUAAGUCUACAUCCAGUCUCUUGCCUCAGAAGUUCAACUCUGCCUUACUCUCUGUUUGAACUUGAAGGUUGCAUUUCAAGUUGCUAUUUUUUGUGGAGCAAACCAAGGAGCCUAUUUAAAAAUGACAAUUCACUAAUUUGAACAUUAAAUUACAUUAUAUUGUUGAGCACUCCUCUCUGCUUAUUAUGUUAACCCAUUUUGUUUUGACAAAACAUAACCUUACAAUUUUAGAGGGCACUCUCCACUCCAGUAUGAGCAAUAUGCAUGCUCAGUGCAAACAAUCAUGACUGUUACGCAAAUAAAAAUAGUGUCUAUUAUACUGGUAUUAACAUAAAUUUAUGUUAGGUGACCAAGUACUGAGUGUAAAUAUCUGUAAUAUGUUUGUAUAAGAAAUAAAUAACAAAAAACAAGUUUCUGAUAAAAAAUAGAAAUAUAAAAUACUAUUGGCAGAAAGUUUCUGCAAACAACAAUAAUCUACGUCUCUUCAUGUGUGUAUCCAGGUUUGUCGUGCUACUCACGUAUUUGAUAGCAGCACAGCAUUCUUUACAUAUUGCGUGUGUCUCAUCAUUCUUACAGUCUUUCUUAUAAAACCCCAAGUAUUUCCAUACGUUUAUUUAUGCGAGUGUUUGGGAAUAUCGACUAUCUCAUCACUGUCAUCCAUGUCGCGUGCACUGUUCUGUGCUGCUCCUUCCGGGGAACUGAGUUUCCUAAUGUGCCCGCCCCGGAAAAAUAGGACAGAGUGAGGGCUGCCAGUCAAAUCUCACCGCUGACCUCCAUGCAUCUUACGUGAAAAAUAAACAACGGAGACUGUAUAAAACAAGUUUCUACAACAAAUGACACUGGGCUAAGCAGGAACAUUUAGAACAUAUUAAUAUCGAUCAAAUGCAUUGAUUUAACCGAUACAGAGAGGCAAUAGCCGAUGCAUCACGAACUUGCCCUGUUGUUUAUCGAUGCAGGAUGGUGCAGUCGCAUUGCAAGUGUUUGAUUCGAACCACCGGUGCGUAUCGGUGAAUCUGUCCAUCCCUAGUUGUAAUACACUUUUUUACCACUUAUGGCAAUACAAAACAAACAAGAAGUCUGGCGAUAAUUUCAGGCAAAUUUCUUAAGCACAAAAAUUAUGACUCAAUUUGUGAAGCUGUAUUCUAAUUUGCGCUUUAAUUUUAUUGACAGUUUAGUUAAACAUAUGUGUGAUUAAUUUAGUUUAUUGAUUUGAACAAAACAUAUUGUAUGUAAAUGUAUUAUUUGGUUAGUACUUAUUUUUCAAAUCAGGCUGAUCUAAGCCCAAGGUUUAUUUGUUCAAUUAAUAAUAUUUGUGAUGAACACGUGCAUUUAUAUCAUUUGACAAGGUAGUAAACAGUAAAUAGAUUAGAUAUUCUUAUUGAAUACAACCUUGUCAAAUGAUAUAAAAGCAUGUGUUGAAAGCAAAGAUUAUUAUCUAGGGUUAGCUCAGCCUGAUUACAAAAAUGAUUACUUAUCAAAUAUACUGCAAAAAAUGAAAAUACAUUUUACCUACAUAAUGCUAAUAUAAAUUAAUUCUAACUAAAUUAUUAAUAAGAAUGAAAUUUAAGUGCAAAUGAAAAUACAGCUUCACCACAUUAGUCAUGAUUUUUGCGCUUAAACUUCUCUAUAACUUUCGCUCCAGACUUCAGUUUGUUUGAGAUUGUCCUUACUGCAACAAGUGGUGGAAAAGUGUAUUACAACCCAUACGGCUCACAGUUGAGAAACUGCUAUUUAUUUGGCGGCCCUGUGGGGGGCGCGAGCAACAAUAGGAAAACACUGACUGCGUGGGUUCCCUCCAGGUACUCCGACUUCCUCCCACCUCCAAAGACAUGCACCUGGGGAUAGGUUGAUUGGCAACAUUAAAUGGUCCCAAGUGUGUGAAUAUGAGUGUGAAUGUUGUCUUAUCUGUUUUGUCCCUGCGAUGAGGUGGCGACUUGUCCAGGGUGUACACCGCCUUCCGCCUGAAUGCAGCUGAGAAAGGCUCCAGCAUCCCCCGCGACCCCAAAGGAGAUAAGCGGUAGAAAAGAGAUGGAUGGAUGAAAAAACCCUGCUUUGUCAUUUCUUAUUUGUGUGUUUUUUCACAGCCUGAAGCAGAGGGGGUGAGAUUUGUUUAAUUUUCCUGAGGGAACUCUCCUGAAGGAAUCAAAGUACUAUCUAUUUAUCUAUCUAAGCUCCUCUCCCUCAGGCUGAGAGUUUAACUUAAUGUUCAAAUAAGUACAUCCACCUCGCUGAGACAUCACAACGUACCCAGACUGCAAAAACCCCGCCAACAGAGGCCUUCAAAGUUGCGCGCAAGCUCAUGCCAAACUGCGUGAACCUUAUGAUUUGGCACUGUUAAAACACGAUUAUCCAACAUUUAUAAAUCAGAAAAGACAACAUUCAUCAUGGGUCCCCUUUAAGGUUUUCCUGUGGCGCCAUCAUCAGGUCAAGACUGGAAUGAGUUUUAUGAUCACAUUCCUGUCCGCUAACUUGUUUGCAUGCUAACAACACACUAAAGUCAGAAAUAGUGAAACCUCAGCAUGUUAGCACUUGUCGCUAAUGCUAACGAGGCAGGCAGUCCAAGAACUGCGAGGAGAUGAUUUGUACAAUAGGGGUGUUCAGACCUAAUAUCUCAAUUUGAUUUGUACUAUGUGCUGAGGCAAUAAGAAAAAGAGAAGUGAGCUUUGGACACCCCCUUAUGUAAGCUGUGUGUCAUUACCCAGCACGCACCUGGACAUUACACUCAUACUUGCCAACCCUCCCGAUUUUCCCUGGAGACUCCCGAAUUUCAGUGCCCCUCCCAAAAAUCUCCCGGGGCAACCAUUCUCCCGAAUUCCUCCCAAUUUUUCACCCGGACAAUAAUAUUGGGGGCGUGCCUUAAAGGCACUGCCUUUAGCGUCCUCUACAACCUGUCGUCACGUCCACUUUUCCUCCAUUCAGACAGCGUUCCGGCCCAGUCACAUAUUAUAUACACCUUGUACAGACACACAUAAGUGAAUGCAAGGCAUACUUGAUCAACAGCCAUACAUGUCACACUGAGGGUGGCCGUAUAAACAAUUUUAAAACUGUUACAAAUAUGCGCCAUACUGUGAACCCACACCAAACAAUAACAAACACAUUUUGGGAGAAUAUCUGCACCGUAACACAACAUAAAAAAUAACCAGAACCCCUUGCAGCACUAACUCCUCCGGGACGCUACAAUA